UUUCUUUCUUACUCUUCCUCGCAUUCACACUGCACAAUCAACACAGCAUAUCUCCUCCCUCUUCGUGUCUUGGCGUCUUUUUCCUCCGAGAUAGAGAAAGAAAAGAACAAUGGUUGUUGGUGUUGAUGAUGGUGAUGAUGCGGUGGGUAUGAGCCGCAUGGACGCUUCUGCUGUUUUCCCUUACUCUCGAUUCUUCCAUCUUUUUCCUAAAAGGGUUUUGAUGGAAGGGAGGUAUUCUGGGGAUUGAUUGAUUGAUGAUCAAGCUGUUUAGAAGGUUCUCUUGUUGAAUUUGUCUUUGGAAUUGGUUGUAUUCAACUCGCCAGCAGCAAAAUCCACCAAGGAAAUUAUGAGCUGAAUGGGAGAUUCUCUCCUCAUAGCCUUGUCAAUGGAGAAUCAUCACCCAUCCAUUCUCUUGUCCAUGGAUUCCAGUGCCUCCUCUCAUGAUGAACUCGAUUUGGAGAUGAAUCGGCAGAUCUUGCUUUCCCGUCCCCCAGACAUUAACUUAGCUUUGUCAGCUGAGCGUAGCCCUCCCCCUCAGCCGUGGAACUCAGUCCCCUGUGAUAUUUUGGAUGUUGGGCUUGGUCCACAAGUUUAUGAGACCGAGAGUUUCCUUAAUGUCUCUAAGGUUGGGAGGAAAUGUGCCAAGCGGGUAGAUAGCAUAUGGGGUGCUUGGUUUUUCUUUAGUUUCUACUUUAAGCCUGCCUUGAAUGAGAAAUCAAAGGCAAAGAUUAUCCGAGACAGCAAUGGAGUGUCUGGUUUUGAUAAAUCUGAUCUCAAGCUUGAUGUUUUUAUGGUUCAACAUGACAUGGAGAACAUGUAUAUGUGGGUUUUCAAGGACAGGCCCGAGAAUGCAUUGGGGAAGAUGCAGUUGAGGAGCUUCAUGAAUGGGCAUUCUCGCCAGGGGGAGCGCCCAUUUCCCUUCAGUGUGGACAAGGGUUUUGUCCGAUCGCACAGGAUGCAAAGGAAGCAUUAUAGGGGGUUAUCGAAUCCACAGUGCGUGCAUGGAAUAGAUCUCAUUUCAUCGCCCAAUCUCAUGGGUCUUGAUGAUGAAGAGCGGAAAAGAUGGGUGGAACUCACAGGUAGGGAACCGAAUUUCUCGAUCCCACCUGAAGCAAGUGAUUUUAGUUCAUGGAGAAAUCUUCCCAACACUGAUUUUGAGCUUGAGAGGCCACCUGCUCCGAUAAAGAAUGCUCCAACUUCCCACUCAAAUAAGCUGCUUAACGGUUCUGGGCUUAAUUUGUCAACUCAGCCAUCUACCCACAGCAAUGGUGAUGCAAUGGAUCCCUCAUCUCUCAGCAGCAAAAGAAGGAAAGAUUUUUUCCCACAUGGGAGUGACGAUGAUUGUUAUUUGGCCGUUAAUCCUUCCUCUGAUCGGACCACUGAUAUGGAACUUCACCUCAAUGAGCCACCUUGGUUGAAUGACUUUAGUGGAGUGAUGAAAAAUGUGCAUGGGCCUGUUACUGGAGCAAAAACAAUUUAUGAAGAUGAAAAAGCUUAUUUAAUCAUUAUUAGCUUGCCCUUUGUGGAUCUGCAAACAGUAAAGGUUUCUUGGAGAAAUACUCUGAGUCGCGGUAUCAUAAAGGUAUCAUGUAUGAGCACGUCUUGCAUGCACUUCAUCAAGAGGCAUGAUAGAACUUUCAAACUUACAGAUCCAGCUUCCGAGCAUUGUCCGCCGGGGGAGUUCGUUAGAGAAAUCCCACUUUCAACUAGAAUCCCUGAGGAUGCAAACAUAGAAGCUUAUUAUGAUGGACCAGGAUCCGUGCUUGAAAUUAUGGUGCCAAAACUCCGUGCAGGACCUGAAGAACAUGAGGUUCGUGUUUGCCUUCGUCCUCAUCUUGGAGGCAAUGACUUUAUGUUGACCUGAGAUGAGCAUUUAUCUGAGAUAGUUGGGGCGGGAUGGAUCAUUGAUGUUUCAUUGCUUUUUGUACCAUGUUAUGUCAUCUGUCACUGCUUUAUUUCAUAAACGUGAUUAAUUGAUUUGGGCUGUAAUGGUGAUUAUGGUUUGUUUUUGUUGGCA